GGCCGUGGUGUUGCGGCAAGUGGCUGCCGUUGAAUAUGCCGAAUAAUUUUGAUUUACGACGUUAUCAGUGAUGAAAAGACUUGUGGGAGGGUAGUUUGUGCUGGUCCGGUGCUUCGGGGAGUGCGGUUUUCCAGUGGACAAGAAUGUACCUUGGUGUUGUACACAACUACUGCCCUGGUAACUGAUAGUAAAUAGAAAAUAAAGGACAUCGCCAUCAUCCGUGGGGAAUCCGAAGGACUUGUACAGCGUAUGGAUUGUCACCACGACGCCACGUUGACUAUUUAAGGAGCGCUAUUGGAAGUAAUGCUCGUUCUGCCCGGGGAUGUUGUGUGGCGAGUUCCACCACAGAGCGCCCCUUGGUCUGCUGCAGUUGAGCCUGUCGGACACCCGUAGCCCGUACUCGUCGCUGCUCGCGCUCGUCCAGGGCAUGGCCGCCAUCACUGCGCACGCCGCUCAAGAAGACGAGGACAUCUUUCUCGAAAAUGGUCUUUUGAGCUAUGAAAAUCCCAACUAUCAUCUAGACCCGGCGCGCCUCGACGAUGCGCUCAACUCGAACAACACCGCCGACGAGAUCUACGAGGAUCUCUACCAGGAGCUGGAUGACAUCUGCAAUAUGGGCCACAAAUCGGCGGCGCUGGUGGCGCCCAACCGCAAGACAUACGCCGCCCUCGACAUUGGUUCCAUGGGGGUGGAUAUCAACACCGGCCCGCAGGUCACACAUAUUGACUCGUCGAAUUAUCCAGACAACCGAAGCAUAUGCGAGAAAUCGGUGAAGAACAUUAAGGACAAUCGCGACGAGGAGGAGGAGAUGAUGGGCAUACCACAUAUCGCCGGCGAGCUGAACAAUGAUCUCUACGCGAUUCCGGUCAAGCGUCGCACGCAAAAAUCCCCGGACGAGAUCGAAGUCGCUUCGCCUGAUAAAGAGCGCAGCGAUGAAACCGACUUGCCGCCUGGUUGGGAAAAACAUGAAGACAAUGACGGUCCGUAUUAUUGGCACAUAAAAAGCGGUACCAUUCAACGUGAACUGCCCGAAAUGCCCAACAAUGACAAGUUGGAGAAGUCGGACGCCAAGUGCGACUUUAAAGAGACGGACAGUUUGAUUCAGAAGUUUGAGAGCGUGACCAGUUCGGUGACACGCAGCAGCACCAGUUCCGCCCUCGACUUGGACCUCGAGGAGAGGAAAAAGAAGGACGAAUUAGCUUUCAAACGACGCAGUUAUCCAGCCCGACCGGAGCCGGAGUCCAAAGACAGGCCCAUUAGGUUUGCGGUGCGCUCGCUCGGAUGGGUGGAGAUUGCCGAGGAGGACCUCACCCCGGAACGGAGUAGCAAGGCGGUGAACAAAUGCAUCGUGGAUCUGUCGCUCGGGCGGAACGAUCUGUUGGACGUUGUCGGUCGUUGGGGCGACGGCAAGGACUUGUUCAUGGACCUGGACGAGGGCGCGCUGAAAUUGAUUGAUCCGGAGAACCUCACCGUCUUGAACACGCAGCCCAUUCACACGAUAAGGGUGUGGGGUGUUGGACGCGACAAUGGCAGGGAUUUUGCAUACGUGGCUCGGGACAGGACGACACGUAAACACAUGUGUCAUGUGUUCCGCUGUGACAUGCCGGCGCGGACCAUUGCCAACACCCUACGUGACAUCUGCAAAAAGAUCAUGAUCGAGCGCAGCUUACAACAGAACCUCGCCAAACCGAUUGAUAUCAACGGUAGGGGUCUGGCCACGCGACCCACCAACCUGCCCACCGAGCAUCGACGAUCGAACAGGAACGGACAAGCUCUAGUCACACAAUCAUUUCCUACGCCCAUGGAAGAACCAAAGAAGGUGCUGCGGGCUCAGUACCUCGGUUCGCUUCAAGUCAAUCAGGCCACUGGUAUGGAGGUCCUGAACGAUGCCAUUGAGAGAUUAGUUUCCUCCGUACCACAGGAACAGUGGCAGUCUGUCAAUGUGGCUGUUGCACCUUCGAUGAUCAGUAUACAACAACCGAGCGAUGAUAAGCUAAUCACCGAAUGUCGAGUGCGCUACCUUUCAUUCCUCGGCAUCGGGCGCAACGUGAAGCAAUGCGCGUUUGUGAUGCACACCGCCCAGGACACGUUCGUGGCACACGUUUUCCACUGCGAGCCAUCGUCCGGAGCACUGUGCAAAACGGUGGAGGCGGCCUGCAAGCUGCGCUACCAGAAGUGCUUGGAUGCGCACCCGCAAGGCCUCGGCCGCAGCCAGUCCAACCUGCACACCCCCGGCGGCAAGAGCAUCGGCGCCGCGCUCAAAUCUAUCGUUGGUUCGCUGACGGGACGCAAGAGCAAAAGCGCCGAGUCCUGAAACGAAGCUCAGUCUCUGCAGGUGCGCAGCGACCGCCGGCAUUCGCUCGACACGCGUCUCUCUGCUUGUGUGUUGCAGGACCUGUGGCCGCUGCCUGCGGAGCGCGAGGUGAUCCGACACAAACACCUUCAGUCACCGCUCACCGUGCGCUACUUCAGCGGCGGCGGCGGCGGCGGCGGCAGCGUGAGUCCUCCCUCCGCUGAGCUGCGUUCUCUCUUGUCGCCAUCGCUCGACGCGCGCCGACUGCAGAUCGCCCGCUGGGAUUCCGCUAGUUAAAUUUACCAAAAUUAGGAAUAUGAACACACUCACACACACACAAUCACAUACUCGUACACACCAAGCAACGUAACGUUAUAUUCUUUGCGGAGAUGAGGAAUGAUGCUUCAAUAGUGUUGUACAAUUGGAAUCAAAAAGAAUUUGUUUUGUGUUUUUCUUUGAAAACGGAGAAUUCCACAACACUAUGCUAACAAAAAAUAUGAAUGUGCUUACAAAAUAGCCUUACACAAAUUUAAUGAUAAUAAAUAGGUUCAUGGGGGUCGCCCAAACGCGGGAUCGAUUUUAUCAAUCACGACCUGCGGACAUGAAUAAACAUUAACAAUAUCUAGGAGAUAAGGAUAUUUUAUAGAAUAUUUGAAACAAAUUUAAGAUUGAUUUCUAGCAACUUGCUAAAAGCACCAAAAAUGUGUCAUGUAAUACGUUUACAAUUCUGUACAUACUCUUAAGGCUGUUGAGACUGCUUAAUAAUACUGUAUAGUAAUUGCGACACAAUUGAACUAAUCAACGAGACGACUCAUUUCAUCAUGGCAUCGUUUUCGCAAAACAAUGCUAGACAAUUUGGCAAAGAGUUGACGCAAUUCGAAGAAAACAUACAAAAAGCAUUUAUUGAUUUGAUGUCUCGUUGCUAAUUCGUAAUGUCUCGAUGUUUUCAUUUUCGAUAUAAUUCCGGAUGAGCUUUACAUGUAGCUGCGCUGAAUGAUAUCAUAAACGAAACGCAGCUAACAUAAUAUCCAUUCCUAUUUGGUGUUUUUUCAUAACUACCGCAAUAAUUCAGGAUUACACACACUCAGCAAAUGAAUAUGACAUGAACUGUUGGACGAGGUUGGUGAGCUUGAUGAUGGAAAGUUAGUUAGUUUAAUAGUUUGUGUAACAACUUACCAGGCUUGGUAAACCUUUGUUGUAGGUCCACGGACAGGUUUAGUCAAGUCAGAUAAAAUGCAAAGAAAAAAAAAACACAAAAAAAUUGUAAAUAUACGCCUUUCGUGUACGUACCUAUGAUGUAAAGUGCUAAAUUCUCUAUUUUCUCCAUUUGUUUAACUCUCGAAACACUGUUGGACACAGGAAUGCUGGGAAUGAAAUAAUUCGAAACAAUUGAGGAGUAUCGAAGACGAUCGAACGAACGUAACAAAGAAAAGUAUAAAAUUUUAUAUUUGUGGGAAGUAACUUUGUGUUCACCACAAACACACGUCAAGAUUUCGUUUAAAUAUGAUAUUUUUAUAAAAUUAGUGUACGCAUAAUUGAAGAAAAAAGAAAACGUAAUUUGACGAUGACUAUAUGAGAAAUGAACAUUUAUGUAUAUUUAUCGAGAAAAGCCACCCCUAUUGAUUGUUGUAGUGUGCAUUUGAUGCAAUAUUUCGGUGUCAACCAGAGUUAUCCCCGAUAACGCUAUGUAAGUUUAGCAAAGAAGAACGAACGGAGGACACAAUUCACACGUCACGUUGAGCGAUGCGGUGCAGGUUUAUCUAAUACAAUAUUUAAACGAGAAAACCUAUGUGGCAUCAAUUUACAUCCAGAACACGAGCAACCGAGUUACAUUCAAUUGACGAAACAAAUCUAUGUUUAAGAAAAAGACAAAACAAUUUUAAUCAACAUGAACAAAUAUGCUUGCAAUCUUUUUCUUUAAUUUUAUUACAUAAAUUGCCUAAAUAAAAUGCAUACUCAUUUAUUAA